GAAACGUAGGAAAGCAAAGUAUACAGUAAACAAGCCAAACUUUUUUUACGGAAUGUAUUUAAGAAUUCGGUAUAAAAUUUAGUUUAGGUAGUUAUAUUGUUCUAAUAGAAGAAAUAUGUACCACUGAGGAAAUGUUUUUUUCUUAAAUGCCUCUUUCAGUUCGCCGUUAUAGAGUAAAUUUGUGUGUUCAGUUUGGUUUCUUGCUUGUUGAUUUUUUGAUCAAUAGUUUUGGUAAAUUUGCACCUCAAGGAGGAGUGGUUUUAUUAGUUAUUUACAUACUGCAAGUUGUGUGCCUCAUCUUCUCUGUUAUAGUACUUGUCCUCAGUUUCUUCUCCACAUAUGCAUUUCAGGCGGGGCUGACGGGCCGGCUGUACCAGAGGUUCGGCCCGACACUGUGCGUGAGCGCGUGCUACCUCCUGCUGACGGUGGGGCUCGACGUGUGGCUCCUGAGCGCCUGCUGGGACGCGCCCCACGCCUUCUGUUGGCCGGCCGGGCUCCUGCCGCUCUUCGUCGCGCACAGGCUGGUUUCUGUCCUGCAUUACUACAUGUACAAGAGAUCUUCACUGGUGAUAGCUGAUCCUAGCCUUUAUCAAGACUUCGACUGGUAAAUGCCUAAACACUUUCAAGAACUACCAUCACAAAGUUAUAUCAAGUGCCAUUAUUGAGUUGCCAAUAGACAUUUUGAAGUAUUAAGUACCUAAACAAGGAAGCAUAUAUAUAAUAUAAGAAGAAAAUUUUUAAAUAUAUAUAUACUAUAUCACAUAACUUAAUACAUACAACAAUUGUUUCCUCUUGUUUGUAAAAUGUUUAUUUUUUAGUUUAGAAAAAUAAUGAAAAAUAUGUAGUCUUGAGUUUUUUUGACUAAAUGUACAAACAUGACAUCUGUUAUUUAACAUAUUUUAAGAAUAUGCAGUAAAAUUAAUAUAGUUAAUCAUCACGUCUGGUCAAAAUAAAAGUUUGUAACAUUUUUAAUAGACACAAAUGUUUAAAUAAGUCUACCAUCUUGAAAAUAGACUUUCAAGAACAAGUUUGUAUUUAGAGGGUACCAAACAUGCACGUAUUGUGAUAGUCAAUGGGACAGUGAAUGAAAUGUGUGAUACUAAUUGUAAUAAAAUUUGUGAUAUUAAAAUACAAUUGUAUAAAAAAAAUAGAUAUUUGUCAGUCAUAAGAUGUGUGUUGUAGUAGUGUACAUUAAAACUCCUUAAAAAU